AUGGCAGCCGUGUCACCACGUCCCUGGAUUAGCACAGGCGGCAGCUUGCUUCGGCCUUUCCGACCCGCCCAAAGCAAGGGACAAAGCCACAGAGCGACCUGGACAUUGGAGAGAAGUUGUGGUCUUGCAGUUGCUGGAAGCAUCGCGUGCCGCCUUGCCGCUCGCGGCUCGCGCCGCGCCGUGGCCAGUGCCAGCACUCUGCGGAUGGCCGUGGCCGUGGAGAGUGCUGAGGAUGUAUCAACCAAAUCAGAAGAGUCCAGUGCCUCUUGGAAGUAUGAGCUGAUUCGGUCCGUGGGCGAGGAGUGCCAAACAGAAGCGGAGCUGCGAAAAUUGGUGGAGAAGAAACCAAACUUCGUCUGCUACGAUGGUUUUGAGCCCUCAGGCCGAAUGCACAUCGCGCAGGGAGUCUACAAGUCGGUUUGUGUCAACAAGUGCACAAAGGCUGGUGGGCAAUUCAUCUUCUGGGUGGCCGACUGGUUUGCCUUGAUGAACGACAAGAUGGGUGGCGACUGGGAGAAAGGCCAUUUGGCCUAUAGUCUCAAGCAAUGA